GAGAAACCACACAAAUGUGACCUCUGCGCCAAGUCUUUCCCGACCCCGGGAGAUCUUCGUUCUCACAUGUACAUCCACAACGGGUCAUGGCCGUUCAGGUGUGAAGUCUGUAACAGGGGAUUCAGCAAGCAGACGAAUCUCAAGAACCACAUGCUUCUUCAUUCAGGGAACAAGCCACAUGAAUGUUCCCGGUGUGGAAAGAAGUUUGCUCUGUUGUGUAACCUAAAGACCCACGUAAAGACACAUGAGACGGUUGUCACAAGUUUCAGAUUUCUAAGUAUUGAUUUGUAUGCAUCCACUUUCAGCCGUUAUCUUCUGAAAUAUUUCACAAACAUUCCAUAUAUCCUAUAUAUGUGA